GUGGGGAGAAGGGUGGUCCAUCAGGGGGAUGCCGAGGGCCCACAUCCAUGCAGCUGUGUGGAGGCGUUAGCUCUGGCAGCUAUUCCCAUCUCUCUCGGGAGUUUCAUUUCAGCUUUCCCUUUGUCUGCGGCCGGCCUGUUCCGUGCAGGGGACUUUCUGAUAAUGUGGAACCAAAAAACAACCCCUUUCCCCCCCCCCCUAAAGCAGAACACAAGAGGCAGAACAGAUUGAAGAGGACGAAGGAGAAGACGGUGGAGAAACAGAAGAACUGAAGUGUCAAGUCGACUCUAGAGGAAAAGCAGAUGGCUGCUGUGGUUGCCGGUCUGGCUCGGCUCCUACAGCCAGCCAUGAUGUUCCCUGGAGGUGAGCCUGGCUGCCGAGACCUGGCCCCCUGGUAUCUCCUUCUGGGGCUACGGCUGGUGGCCCUUUUCAUCGCCGACGGGCCCUGGUCCUCUCCCAGCCCUGACCUGGUCUGCAACUGGACCUCGGUGGAGGCGGACAGUCGGCCUUUCUGCAGCGCACUGUGCUUCAACCGCCACUUUCCUGCUCCCGUCUCCUCGGCGUGGGGUUUUGCCUUUUUGGCUGCCCUGCUCCCAGUGGGGCUAAUGGGGCUCAUAAGGACUGGAUCCAAGCACAGGAGAAAGGCGGCAAAGGAAGGAGAUGAGGAGCUCACUGACAUCACUAGUGUGAGCCACGACAUGGCCGCCGGAUCCAGCAUGGCUCCCGGAACGAUUCCUUUGCCCAAAAUGGUUCCGUCGGAAUCCAAGAUGUCCCCCCGUUGUACCUGGCCCUCAGCGGCCUUCGUUUUCUGCGUGUUUCUCCUCAUGGCCACGGAGCUGGGCUUCUUCUGGGUUGUGAUAUUUUUGCAGAUCCCAUCAGUGCUUCGCACAACCUUCUUAUGCCUUCCAGGAGCACACUCCUGCCCUGAGGCACUCGAAUGUGCCCUGGCAGGCCAAGCCGACAAGCACAUGGCACUGUGGACGUUGGCUUUCACAGCUGUUGUCAACAUGGCGGCUUGCCUGGCCUACCUUCUCCUGACUCUAGGGAGGGCUUUCCGAUGCCACAGAGGAAAAUAACACAGCCAAAGAUGAGUGCAGGGCCAGCCCACCCAUGAGGCAAGGUGAGGCGACCGCCUCAUACAGCAGGAUCCACAGGGGCAGCGGGUCCCAAUGCAGUUCUUUAUUCCCCCAUGUUCCUGAGGUAGAUCUUCACUCAUUUUCCCCUGGUGGGGAUGUGGCAAAAUUUAUUGAGCUGGCCCUGGAGAAGAGAAUGCAAGAAAGUGGACUGUGAAGGAGACCAAUGACAUAUUCCGUAACUGCCCAUCCACAUGGAUUAUUAACACGUCGGGGAACUUUUAUCAGCAUUUUAGCCUGAAUUUCUACCAGUAAACAUACAUUUGUAUGCAGUUUUGACUUAUGCACAUGUUUUUGCAAGGUCAUCAUGCAUACAGUAUUUGUAUGCCGUUUUUACUAACAUGUUCGUUUUUGUAAUGCAUUUUGGUAACCAUUUGUUUACUACAUCCUAAAAUAUGGACGGUGUGAAUUUCAAAAGUUGGCUGUCUUUCACUUCUCAUGUUGUUACGGAAAGCGUGCAUUUCAUAGGCUUGCCUUUAAAUCUGAAUAUAAUUUCCCCCCCAUCCUUAGUGGUGGACAGCAACCAGGAGAGCUUUAAAAGAGAGGCUUAAGACAAAUGCAUGCGGGGUAAAGCUAUCAGCAUCUUACAGCUACAAUGACUAUGUUCUCCUUCCAGCCUCUGUGGCAGGGAUGUCUCUGAAUGCCAGUUGCUGCGAAUCGCAAGUGAGGAGAGUUGCUCUUGUCUUGCACGCAGGUCCUGCUUUCAGGCUUCUGACAGAUGUCUAGUCGGCCGCUGUAAGCAAAUGAUGCUAGUCUAGACGGGUCGCUGGCCUGAGCCAGCAGGCUCUUCCUAUUUUAUUAUCUCUCUCUGUGUGUCUGGGGUCUCCCCCAGACACACACGGCCCAUUUUGAAGUCAACUGUUGUAUUUCGUACCUGAUAAUUUUUCUUAGCUGUAUCAUAUUUGCUGCUUGCAUUGGCAUGUCAGUAAACCAUUUUUGUUUAUCUUUC